UGAACUCACCCGAAACAGUGGCCACGGACCCCGUCAUCUCAUUCAAGACUGCCCUGUGGUAUUGGGUGAACAAUGUUGAAUCAGUGUUGGGGCAAGGGUUUGGUGCGACCAUCCGAGCCAUUAAUGGUGCAUUGGAGUGCAACGGUGGAAACUCGGCGGCUGUUCAGGCUAGGGUUAGCUAUUACACUCAGUACUGCAGUCAGCUUGGUGUUUCUACCGGGGAUAAUCUCACCUGCUAGAUAUUGAAUUUUACUGAUAUGUAUUUACUCUUAUUUUUCUAUCUUAGUUUCUGGCAAUUGGGUUUGAAUGAAUAAAUUCUUGCAAUAUGU